UUUCUGUCUCUUAUUUCUCAGGAGAGUUCGGCGUCUGAAGGUUGUCACAGUUUCUCGGCCAGCUGCAUGACACAGUUCUCCAUCCUGUUCAGGAGAACGUUCCUCAGCAUCCUCAGAGACUCGGUGCUGACUCACCUGAGGAUCUCCUCUCACAUCGGGAUCGGCGUCCUGAUUGGUCUGUUGUACCUGGGCAUCGGGAACGAAGCCAAGAAGGUUCUCAGUAACUCGGGCUUCCUCUUCUUUUCCAUGUUGUUCCUCAUGUUCGCCGCUCUGAUGCCCACAGUGCUAACAUUUCCUCUAGAGAUGGGAGUUUUUCUGAGGGAACACCUGAACUACUGGUACAGUCUGAAGGCGUAUUAUCUCGCCAAAACUAUGGCGGACGUCCCCUUCCAGGUAGUGUUCCCGCUCGUGUACUGCAGUAUUGUGUACUGGAUGACGGCUCAGCCUCCGGACGCCAGACGCUUCUUCCUCUUCCUGUCGCUGGGUGUUCUGACCUCUCUGGUGGCUCAGAGUCUGGGCCUGCUGAUCGGAGCCACCUCCACCUCUCUGCAGGUGGCGACGUUUGUGGGUCCGGUGACAGCGAUCCCUGUGCUGUUGUUCUCCGGGUUCUUUGUCAGCUUCGACACCAUCCCCUGGUACCUUCAGUGGAUGUCUUACAUCUCCUACGUCAGGUACGGCUUCGAGGGCGUCAUCCUUUCGAUCUACAGUUUGGACCGAGAGGAUCUUCACUGCGAUGAUCACGACACCUGCCACUUCCAGAAGUCGGAGGCCAUCCUGAAGGAGCUGGACAUGCUGGACGCCAAACUCUACCUGGACUUUAUCGUGCUAGCGAUCUUCUUCUUCUCCCUGAGGCUCAUCGCUUACUUUGUCCUCCGGUAUAAAAUCAGCGCUGAGCGGUAGACCAGGGCCAGGAGGACGAAGAGGACCACGCGGAGAUGAUCUGAGGUGCAGCGUACGGCGUUUAGGCCCAAAACCUUUAGGCCAAAGUUAGCGUGUAGCAGAGUUAUCUACAUGUGAACACUGAAUCUACUUUGGCUCGCUGUUAAAGAAAUGACAUAAAGACGAGACAUAGAUCUGAUGUAAAGGUCUCUGAGUGUCAUUAGAGGACAAAGUGAGGACAUGUCAGGUCCUGCGGGGACAGGAGCUGGUCUCCUGAGUCCUGAACUGUGCCACAACCUGCAGGACCGCAAAAAAAAGUCUCUCCGGUCAGGGUGAGGAGGUGGGACGGACUCUGGACUGAUUCAGUUUGUUUUUAAAAACAUUUAGGUUAAUUCAGGGCGUUUUCACACG